AUGGAACCGAAGAACUUGAACCGGCCAACUUAUUUCCUGUUACCAUGUUAUCUGACAUUCUAUGUUCGGUCUGUAAGCGUUCUCCUGGUCUCGUUUGAAAGGAGGAGGGAUUGUCCAGUAGAUCCGGAAAUCAUUGGGAAAUCUCUUCACGUUGUUUUGAAUGGUAAAGACUCAAAACUCCAUGAAUGCGCUUAG